AUGAUGACAGCUUGGCUUGAGUACCGGGAUGAGUAUCUGCAGCACAUGUACACUGCCCAUGCCCCACCGACACCCGACGAUACCGGCGAAGCGACAUGCGACAAAUGCUCGGCUGGGUCCGCAGAGUGGAAGUGCCUCUCUUGCUUCGGCCGGCCGGUGCUCUGCGAUUCAUGCUGCCUGUGGGAGCACGCCCGCCUGCCUUUCCAUCGCCUGGAGCAAUGGACCAAUGCGGGUUUCUGGGCCCCUUCCUGGCUUCGAACCCUAGGCCUUCGCAUUCACCUCGGUCACGAAGGCGCUCCAUGUCCGUGUGUUGACGAGCCCGACAAUGAGAGUGACUGGUCGGAUGACGAUUCUUGCAAUGAAUCCGACAGUGGUGAAGAGGAUGAGGAAACCCUCGGUGAUCCCCUGCGUGAUGCGGCCGGGGUUGAGCGGGCUCCGGAAAUGCAUAUGACAAUUGUCGAUACGUCCGCCGUGCACUUCCUCCGCGUCGAAUGCUGCCGUUGCCCUCAGGCGGAGUCAAUUCGCGGUCAGCUCCUCCAGGCCGGGCUUUACCCGGCAAGCCAGCUGAAUGUCAAAACGUGUUUUACCUUCGACGUUCUGGAUGACUUCCUCCUCGACAAUCUCGAAUGCAAGACGUCCGCGAUGAACUAUUAUCGCCGACUUCGCCGGAAGACCAAUCCGGCAUUCCCGCAUCGUGUGCCGGAUCGCUAUGCGGAAUUCAUUCGUACAACAAGACAAUGGACGCUUCUCCGGGCUAUGAUGCAGUUCGGAUUCGGGCCGACAUGGCGGGGCGAACCGGGCACGGGCGACCUUGCACUAUUUUGUGCUGCCUGCCCACAGCCCGGAGUGAACAUUCCAGAUGACUGGGACAGUGACCCGAAUGUGUACAUUUACGCUCGAGGCUAUGUCAUGGACGGUAACUUCUCCGCCGAGCAUAUGAAGAUGCGGAAGCCGGGAAACGAUGUUCCGCUUAUGCCCGGGAAGGCGUUCAUGGUGAUGGAUGAAGAAUUAGCACCUCAUUUGAAGUCAUCCACUGAUAUAAAAAUGUACAAGAAACCGACAUGCAAUGACCACCAAGCUAUCGCUCGGGCCAAUGCUCACCGCCACAAAUUACAGUCUACGGGAAUUGGGGCCACGGCUUGCUCACGGCACGGAUGUUUCUUUCCACAUGUGGUUGUCAACUUCCAGGCCGGUGAGCGGCAGAAGAACAUGGAUUACACGCUGUCGGAAGCUAUGAGUUACCGAUCGGACGGCAUUCGGAACGCCAUCGUGCUGUACGACGUGAUGUGUCAGUAUGGGGUGCACCUUCCAAAACGCUUCAAGGACGGUCCGCGGCUCCGGAUGCCGCGGGGCCUUACCCUUUACCUCGGCAUCGGCUUGUUCCAUGUACAUGGCCACCAGUCGAAGUGCCUCCUCGAGUACGCCCCGACGUUCAUGCGCGGCGCCGGACAAGUGGAUGGGGAGAUCGUCGAAACGAUGUGGUCUCCAUUGGGUAAGGUGUUCGGAAGUGCUCGGACGAUGGCGACGUCGCAUCGGCAAGAAACUCUUGACCGUCAUAUGAACGACUGGAAUUGGCGGAAAAUGGUCUCAUUAGGUUCUCACCCCCUUCCAGUCCCAGCAUUGAAGAAGCGCAUUGCCGCAAACCGGGUACUCCUUGAGAGCUUCCGAGAGGCGCUGGAGGACCAGGAAGCCGGGAUCGAAGCCGACAUCCUGGCUCAUGGAUGUCAGCGGUCGCGGAAGCCCACAAAAAGCGUGUGA